AUGACAGAUGAGCAUGAAUCAGAUUUGCUGCACAUAAAGAGCAAAACCUCUCACUUAGUCACUCCCAGUAACAGAAAAUUUGCCAAAAAUGGGACUGGCUUAGGAGUGUUUGAGUCUGUGUGCUUUCUCCUGCUGCUAAGAAUAAAACUGAGGAACAAUAAUUGCAAAUGGGCAGAGUGGGGGAAAGGAAAUGAAAGCUAUGUUGGUGCUGCUGACAAUGAUGAAGACAACAGUUGUGCAGAACUGGCUGACAGGGAUAUGGAAAUGUUGGGUUACUAUGUCUGGCUCGGCCUCAGCUAUCAAACUACCUCAGUUUGUAGAUCCUGCACCAAUCCUACCUCCAGGGUAAACAUGGCUAUUCGUCAAGGAAAGGAUGUUCAAGGGUUUUAUCCUGGGCAACUAGGACGGGUACACAAGAUGCAUAUGCCCGAAAUGUCUCUAGGACCUUUUAAAGCACUGCAUCCAGCUCCAGUAGAGCAUGAAGUUGAAACUCAGUCCCAUCAUGACUUUGACAAUUUAACCAAGCGGUACAUCCAUUUUCAAAGGACAAUGAAGAAGAAAGGCAGUGACUGGUAUAACCAAACAACAUACAAAGAAGCAUUUGAGUUGCCAUUUUAUGAUAUGGGUUAUGCUAUGGAUAAACAUAUGCCAGAGACUGAUCCUAGACCACUUGUCAACUCGGAGAAGUGCUGCCAGUGCAAGACCCCAAGUUUUUAAAUCCACACACAAAAAUUGGAAUAAGAAAAACAUUUCAACUGAACAUUAAAAAUAAAAAUGGUGCUUUGAAGUUAGCCACCCAUGCAUGAAACCAACAGAAGUCUGUUUUUGCAAAGUUGCAGAAGUAUCCUGCAUCAUAUUUUAGCCUGUAGUUGUAUUGGUUAUGUGGCUCAGAAGCCACUAUUAAUUUUUAUUUGUGAAUAUGACCAUGUGGAUUUAAAUGAAGGGCACUUUGUAUGAUGAGAAGUUGAAAACAGAUGUGCUCGAGUCUGAAGUGUUCCCAACUGGUAGAUUUACAGAAUGGGUGGACAGUGUGUUCUUGCUGAUGACAAAGAAGGGCACAUUAAGGCCACUAACUUAGGGGUAUUAGAUGCGACUCGCUGAGUCAUAUCAUCUGGUCCAAUGUACUGCUGCAAAUCUUGGACUAAAUCCACUACACCACAUACAGUGCAUGCUGGAAUGGUUCCAUGAGCUGGAACUGUUGUGUUACUGCAUGCCUUACCUGUGCUGGGCUGGCCCAGCACAAUGGAUCUGGUGCAGGAGGCUGGUCUGCCAGCCUGAUCCAGAGGCUAUGCACUGGCCCUGCACUACUUAUCUAGCCUGUGGGGUGCAAUGAAUUUGAUACUCACGCAUUGACCAAUAAGUAGUAAUCCCCACCCAUCCCAUUCACAACACACAAGGACCCAGCAUCCUUUACGAUACUCAGGCAAGGCAAGAAAACCAACAGAACUUGUUAUGGUCUGGCCCAAACAUAUACAUAUUACAAUUUUUAGAAAACCCCAAUGUUUACAGCCCCAAGGAUUUACAGACAAACAAAGAAGAUUAUCAACAAGUUUAAAGUUUUACCAAAAAGCAAUAGUUGUGGAUGGAGGCAUGUUGCAAUAUUCUAGGUUUCAAGCUGAACCUUACUUGCACAAUACCAUUAAUUUGACUGGUAUCAAAAUCAAUGACAAGUUUACUAAAGAGACAGCUUACUCCUUUCCAUGAACAAACCUAAAGGACAAUGCUAAAAUACAGAAAAAUGAAAGCAAGUCUUUCAGAUAGCAUUUCCACAGGUGAGGUUAAGCAGCUGAGUUUGCCAACAGCACAUCUUCCAAAUCCCCUAAAGAUCUAGCACUGCUUUUUUAUGCCCUUACAUACGUUCAAAUAGCUCCUUUCCCAAGUACUUUAUAAACAGUGGCUUCUCAUUUAAUAAACUGCCAUGUUGCUCAAAUUGUGAAAUUAAUUCCCUCCAUCUCCCAAAGGUAAUGUAAACAUUUAUUUUCUUCCAUAGGGGCUCACUGAUGUGAAGCCCCAGAAUUCUGCCUGCUGAGAUUAACUUAGAUUCAAAAGAGAUCAAACCAGUUCAACUCCCAAAUUAAAUUAGGAAAUAAUCCAACUUUCUUAGAUUAUCUGACCAAAGGCUAGGAAAAAGUGGACUACAUGCCCAACAAAUUUACUCCAUUUUACAGAGUAAAGCAUUGUUGCCUAAUGGGGCAACAACAACAAAAAGGAAAAAAAAGAAAGAAAGCCACUCUUUGCUUCCCAAGUACCUCCAAAACACAUUCGUGAUCUGUAUCAAAUGGCACAUUUAAGGUUCUCUCCAUUUGUCAUCUUACUUUAUUCCUGUAGUAACUUCCUCUUCCCCCACCCAAACCUGAUCAUUCUACAUUGCCUUUAAACAUCUUGGCAAAAAAUGCUCAUAUAAAUGCAGUAAGCCCUUUCACACUACUCUUCUUAUGAAGAAUAUUUUUAUGGCCAAUAUAAAAACGUAUUUGCUGUGUGAAAACACCUAAAAAUUAGCCUUGGAAUCUAAUGAAUUAAUCUGA